AUGGGCCCUACCCAGGCGGCCGGGCCUCCCGCCACCGCCCCGGUGAGCACGCGGCUGCUCCUGCCGGCCCUGGCCCGCGCAAGGCCUUCUGCUGGCCCGGCCGCCGGCCGCGCGCUGGCCCUGCCCCCCGCCAUGUUCGACUGCUGGCUGCCGGCUUGCCUGGCUCUCGGAUUGACGCUGCCGCCAGCGUCGCCGGCCCCAGGUCUCGGCGCGGCCCAGGCCGGCGCCGGGACAUCCGGCACCCCCGUCGCGCGCAUCCAGCGCACGGGCGGCACCUGCCCGGCGCUCGCCGGGCUGGGCGCUCGGCACGGCUGCGCGGCAUGUCUCAGCGCGACCGGCACCCUAGCGGCGGGUGGAGCCCCGCCCGGGACCGCGGCCGCGAGCACAUCACUCGCCACCCCUCGAAGGGCCGAGGGCUUCCGGCCGGGGUUCAACUCUGCCGGCCUCGGUCGCAUUGGCCGCAUGUGCCGCGUCGCCGGCCGUGUGCUCAACAGACGCAUGCCGCCGGCAGUCACCGCCCCCACCGGCAACAUGGCGGCCGGGGCUACUCCCGUCCGGUAG